AUGUAUACAACAAGCGACCACGUGGGGAACGAAAGACAUACCAUCACGGUUUCGGCAUCUCCCCACCGACCCGACAAGCUGCGAAGAACGCGCUCGGGAUGUAUGAUUUGUCGACGAAGAAAAGUAAAGUGCGAUGAACGAACCGGUGGCUGCGCCAAUUGUGAGCGUCUGCGGCUGGACUGCCCGGGGUAUCAAGAGAAGGAGGGUUUUGCAGUCGUGCGAAGAAUGUCGUCGCUCGAAGACACGAUGCUCGGGGUCACGGCCAAUCAGGCGCCAGCGGAGAUUGGUUCGACAGAUGAGUCAAGGGUCCCAGUGCCCAAUCCGGUGGCAAUUACACCAGCCGUUCUUGAAUCCUUAUCAUGGCUUCAAUCGGAUCGCUUGCCCGAGCUGAAGUAUGUCCGGGAUUUGGUUGAGAACUACUUUGCGGUAUUCCAUCCUCUUCGUUGCUUCGGCUUCUUGCACAAGCCGUCAUUCUUACAGAGCUUGGACGAUGGCUCAGCGACAGAAAGAGAUGAUGCCUUGCUUCACAUUGUGUGCUCGCUGGGCGCCAAGUAUGUUGGUUCUGCCAGAGAACGGCUCCUGCCGACCAAAUGGAUUCUGACGACAGGCAACAAGUGGGCGGAGCGCGCCCUGGCGAAGAUCUUGCAUAGUCUCAGCCAAAUCUCAGUGGAGAAUCUCAUGGCUGCUGUACUUCUCCAAGACCACCAGAUUCGACUUGGCAAAUACUCUACCGCUUUCAUGCUUACCGGCUUCACCGCACGCAUGGCGCAAGCACUUCAAAUAAACCUUGAGUUCUCGAGUGACAUAUUAAGCCAUGACGGCACAGAUGCUAUAGAUGCUACUACCAAAGAAUCUCGACGUCGUUUGAUGUGGGCUUGCUACAUCACGGAUGCAUCCGUUGGAAGCGGCGUUGAUCAACUGACCUUACUGCAUGAGGAAGAUAUCAAGAUCCAGCUUCCUUGUGAUGAAAGGUUGUUCAUGCUUCAAACCGCCUGUGUCACCGAGCUGCUGGAGCCAGGAGAGGUCCUGAGCUUCAUUCCUGAACGUUUGCUUCCACCAAAACCCACAGACAAUAUGGGACUCACAGCAUUCUACAUUCGCCUAGUCGCCAUCAGGAAGAAAAUCUUGAGGCAAUUUCUCAGUGAAUACAGGUACGUGAAGCAGCUCCACUCCGCAAUGCCGCCCUGGUUGCCAGAAUCCGAGUUCACGGCUCUCAAAAACGAAUGCACCGAUUGGCAUUCUUCCCUUCCACAGAAUCUUCAGCUCAAUCCAAGUACCCUCUAUAUCCGGGCAGAGACUGGCGAACUGGGUGCACUCUGCUUCUUGCAUGCUACAUACAGUGCGACUCUAAUCGAUCUGUACCGCAUUUUUGUGCCGCGGCUGUACAAGCUACGGUCAACCUUCGAUUUCCCCUAUCAGCAGCAAGAUUAUCUUGCUCAGCGCAAAAUGGAGUUAUAUGAUCAUGCAAAAAGCAUUGCGAACAUAAUCGUUGAGGCAAUUCACCGACAAGGACCUAGUGCUCUCGCCGACUUCUGGUGGCCAAGCAUCACCUAUGAAUCGUGCCGUCACAUGGUUUACUAUGUAACUCAGGUACAGCCAAGUCGAAGAGACCUUAUGUCCGAGACAACAACAUUUCUGAAGAGCAAUAUAAAUGCACUCAAAGCUAUGCAAUCGCUCUGUGCCAUGGCUGACCCUCUGUCCAUUGCGGCGGAAAAGAUGCUUUCGAAACUCAACAUAGCGGGUGACACUCACAAUCUCGGGCCUGAAGACCCCAUGGAGUCAGAUGAGGCCGUUGCUUACAGUUCCACCGCUCCGGGGACGCCAGCACAAAGCGCUCCUGACUAUGUCCUACAUCCACUCUCAAUCUACAGAAUGGCUCGCAAAUCAAUCCCUGAAAAACAUGCUCCAGAGAAGACCGUAUCGCCCACGGCCACCACGCAUACGCCGAACUCGUCUAUAUCAUUGCAAGCUAGGCACCAUGUGUCACCAAACGGAACACACCGAGCGGUCGAUGGACAGAACGUUACAUCGCAUCAUCCGUUACCAGACAUCCGUGAAAACCCCUUACGUCACGAGACAUGGAUCGACGAGGAACUUCAGCUUCUCUACCCAUCCGAAAUGACAAGCUUCUGGGAGCCUGCUGCCACCUUUGCAGAUGGCUCCUACAAUGCAGAGCUUCCCACAUGGAUCACAGACUUUCACCAAGAUCAGUCGUGGCUCGACUAUUGGCCGGGAACUCGAGAUUGA